GAAGCGGCCAGGCGUGGUAAACAUUUUCUGUCUUCUCACCAGAACUUAGUACAAAGAUCCAAGAAGAUGUCUGAAGCCGAAGCGGUCUUCAAGGCGUGCGAUGUGGACGGAGAUGGUCACAUCAGUACAGAGGAGCUGAAAUCUGCAUUGACAGAUCUGGCUAUCAUACCGACUGAUAAUCUUAUCCAAGGAAUUGUGAGCCACUAUGACGAAGAUGGCAACGGGAAACUGGAUUUUCAAGAGUUCGAAAAACUCGUCAACGAUCUGAAGACGUUUGGUGAAGUGGACCCAGAGGAGGUUAUCAAUAUCUUCAAUGCUAUCGAUCAGGACAAGAGCGGGUACAUCGACGAGGAGGAACUCCGUAAGGCGAUGGCAGAAAACUUCAACACUGACGACCAGACCAUCAAGGCCAUGGUUAAGAUGGCGGACAAGGACGGAGAUGGGAAGAUCAGCGUCUCAGAGUUCGUCAGUGUCAUCCAGAGCAUGAAGUAA